UCGUUGGACUCUUCGAUCAACACAAUGGAACGCAUACUAAGUAUUCUCCAUAAUGCACACAGUACAAAAAUGGAAACAAGAGACUCUGUGUUGAAGUUAUACGACUCUGCUCCCGAAGCCUUCGAAAGCAAAAACAUGGCUCUGCUCGGUGAAAAUAUAUUUGACUUGAAAACUAUUGAUAUUCUCAUAGACCUUCAACUCGGAAGUAAUGUUGAUAUCUUUAAGAGAUCAAACCCAAGUCAUGCCAGGAAUAUCUUGCAAAAAUACAUAUCUGCCUUCAAAGACCAGUAUGCGCGGGACUCAUCAUAUCUUUGUAUGGAGAGUUUGGGUCGAUCUUAUGCGGAGAACACUCGAAAAGCAAAUGCGACUCUAAACAAUGCCAUAAGACGCACUGCUUCAAAAGCUAUGAUAGGUGAGUCCAUUUUGCAUGACGAACCCCCAAUUCACCUAGAUUUCUGCCGUCUUAAUACAUACAAUCCAUUUAGGAAUGAUAUAAUGGAUCCCUUCGCUUUACAAAAAGGGUUGUCUACAAAAAAACACCCCGCAAACCUUUUUGGUGCAAUGAUAAAUGAUCAGAGAGUGUUGCUGAGCUUUCUUCAUAAUUUAAAGAAACGGAUUUCGCCCUUGACUAUUCAAAACAUCAUGGUUGCUCAAAGUAUGUUUGGGAACCUAGCGCUCAAGAGUGUUGUAAAGCGAAGGUUAUUAUCCACAGAUCCACGGAUGCCUCUCGAUACUCCAUUCGAAUUUUACCAUUUGGACAUUACAGAUGAAAAUAAUAAAUUGAAAGAAUUCAAGGCAAUUGUUGUGUACCGCAGUAUGAUCUUGAAUCGGCUCGAAUGGUUCCCGCCUUUUAGAAAGUCGCUAGCUGAACUUGAAGAAAAUAAGUAUGACUCGAUGGAAAAGAUAAUUGCGAUUAUGGCAGACACAUUUGAUCGCUUCUUUGGGUUAUGCUUCAAAACAGAUGCGAAAUAUUGCGACAAGUGGGUCGAAAACUUGAUGACAUUCUAUACACGAAAUAAGUCAAACGAGAUUUUUUUUCAACACCUUCUCGACGAUGCUGUUGUUUACUUCAAAGAAAAAGUUUCUCAGCUGAGUUUCGAAACAUACAGUUCAAAAUGG